AUAACAGUUGUCUCCCUUACAAUGGUUUUGUAUCUAUUUGGAAAAAUGAGUUAGGAUAAAAAAGAAAAACAAACAAGAAAGAUGAGUAGUAGCAGAGGGAGAAAGUUGAAGCCCAAAAGCAUAAGUCCUACUAUGGUUACUCCCUCCAAGAAGAGACGCCCUAGCACGCCAGUUGUAGCAGCAGCUCCAGUGACAGUCAAGAUUGAACCAGUGGAGGAGAUGACUCCUACAGCCAGCCGUGAGGACAGCCCUGCACCUUCAGAAUGUAUGGAUAAAAUUCCUGUGUUUAAAAAUAAAAACUUUGUGCAUUCUUGUGUAGGUAAUAGUGGAACAAAGAAAACAAGAGUUUGGAAAAAUCUGAAGCAAAUCAUUGCAACAGAGAAAACACAACCAUGGAGACCAGAUGAUGUCACAUAUAACUCCAUAGAUGCUCCGCCAUCUUUCAAACCAGCUAAGAAAUACUCAGAUCUCUCAGGACUAGCUGCAAGCUACACAGAUCCACAAACCAAACUUAGAUAUGCUACUGCUGAAGAAUAUUCUAGAAUAAGCAUGAUGCCCAGUGAUCUAGUUAGUGGUUGCCUUGCUUUAAGGAAAGCUAAUGCCCCUGUGCCUUGAAUAAUAAACUUUGUAUGGUACAAAUGUGGAAAAAGAAAUGGGAUAUUGUGUUGAACAGCUGUAGUACGUUAUUGUGAAAACCAACUAUACAAUGUAUAAAAAGAAAUAAAAUGUGUACUGCUGUAAACACUCUGUGCAAAAACUUAAUAUGAAUGUAUCUUCAUAGUUCAGUAAAUGGCAGACCAAACAAA